UUUGGUAAAGCAGCCGGCAGCCAUCUGAGGUCUGUGGUCUUGUGCUUCGAUUUAUUCACCAUCGCUGCAGUCGCGCUGUGCUCUGCGCAUGCGCGAAGAAACGCCGCUCGGUGUUAGAAUCUGUAACACAGAACCAGGAGAAGAAGCAGGAUCACACAUCCAGGCUCAGUUAUAUCAAGGAUCCAUACGAGCAGGAGGAAAGGACAACGAGGCUGUUUUGAGGUGCUGUAUUCACGCUCUGGUAAAGAGGAGAAGACAAAAGAGGAGAAAGUGGUGGAUGUUCUUGUAAAAACUGUGGCCCUGAUAGUGGUCUCCCAUACUUAUGAUGGACAGAUCGAGAGACCUUUGUACGAUGCUACUGGUGCUUUUAAUGGGUCCUGUGCUCACGGCACUGGAGGUCCCUCUCGACCCUAAAGUUCUGGAAGGAUUGCCACAGCCUCCAACCAUAACCCACCAGUCUUCUAAAGAUUACAUUGUGGAUCCACGAGAAAACAUUGUCAUUCAGUGUGAGGCCAAAGGAAAACCUCAUCCAAGCUUCUCCUGGACCAAGGACGGCAUCCAUUUCGAUGUUGAAAAGGAUUCUAAAGUGACUAUGAAGCCUCAUUCAGGGACUCUGGUGAUUGACAUUAGUGGAGGAGAGCGGGCAGAGGAUUACGAGGGUGUCUACCAGUGCACCGCACGCAACGAGCAUGGGACAGCUCUUUCGAAUAACAUCAUCAUUCGCCAGUCUCUCAUGCUUACCAUCAUCAAAGCACUUAUUUUGGAAGGAUCUCCUCUGUGGUCAAAGGAGAGAAUCAAGCCAAUCAUCAUCCAGGAAGGCAGAUCUCUAGUGCUGCAGUGCAGACCUCCUGCAGGACUCCCUCCUCCUAUUGUCUUCUGGAUGGACAACAAUUUCCAGAGGCUUCCACAGAGCAACCGUGUCUCUCAGGGCCUGAACGGUGACCUCUACUUCUCCAACGUGAUUUCGGAAGAUUCCAGAAAUGACUACAUUUGUUACGCACGUUUCCCCCACACACAGACCAUUCAGCAAAAGCAGCCCAUCAGCGUCCGUGUCCACAACAUGGAUGCAAUCAAUGAGACAAUGGCAGAUUAUUUGAAUGAGACUGAUUUGUUUGGUGAUGAAGAAGUCGGGGAGACACAACCUUCAUUUUUGGUUCCAAGUGGUUCUACGAGCUCUAAGAUGGUCCUUAGAGGACAGGUUCUGGAGCUGGAGUGCAUUGGCGCAGGACUCCCCACUCCAGUGAUCUCUUGGAACAAGGUGGCCGGUGAGCUCCCCACAACAAGAACCGACUUCUUAAACUUUCAGAAAACGCUCAAGAUCAGGGAGGUCACUGAGGCAGAUGCUGGGGAAUACCGAUGCACUGCAAAGAACUACCUGGGCUCUGUCCACCACACCAUCCAUGUAACAGUAAAAACUGCUCCGUACUGGAUCAGUUCACCACGUAAUCUGAUCUUGGCUCCGAUGGAGAGCGGAGUGUUAACGUGCCUAGCAAGAGGAAACCCCAAACCCACCAUCGCCUGGUUCAUGAACGGAGUACCCAUUGAGAAUUCUCCUGCAGAUCCAAGCAGGAAGGUGGAGGAUGAUACUAUUACUUUCACUGACAUUCAGACAGGCUCCAGUGCUGUAUACCAGUGCAAUGUGUCUAAUGAAUAUGGCUAUCUGCUCGCCAAUGCCUUUGUCAAUGUACUAGCCGAGCCUCCCAGAGUGCUUACUCCCAAUAAAAAGGUUUACCAGGUCAUCAUGAACAAGCCUGCUCUUUUGGACUGUGCAUUUUUUGGCUCGCCUAUUCCCACAGUAACAUGGUUUAAGGACAGCCAUUCCAGUGUUUUGACCGGAGACCCAUAUGUAAUCCAUGAAAACGGAACUCUUGAGAUCUCCGUGGCACAGUCACUAAACAGUGGCAAAUACACCUGCAUUGCCACAAACUCCCUUGGGAGGUCGGAGAAUCACGUAUACCUGGAGGUCAAAGAACCAACACGGAUCCUGAUGCAGCCUGAUUACAAAGUCGUUCAGACAAACCAAGAGGUAUCAUUCGAGUGCAAAGUGAAGCAUGACCCAUCCCUCAUUCCCACCAUGACCUGGCUUAAAGACAAUGGAGAGCUUCCUGAUGAUGAGAGAUUUGUCGUGGGCUCAGACAGCCUUACCAUCCGUGAAGUGACGGAGAACGAUGAAGGAACCUACACCUGCGUCAUGAAUACCACUUUAGACCAAGACUCAGCCAGUGCCCAACUCACUGUUGUCGAGGCCACACCCACUCCGGCGGUUUUAUACGAACAACCAGACCCUCCUACAGACCUGGAGUUAACAGACCCAGGUUUACGGAGCGUCCAGCUCACCUGGAUCCCUGGAGACGAGCACAACAGUCCAAUCAAGAAGUUCCUCAUUCAGUAUGAAGAUUCACUUCACGACAGUGGUAUCUGGCAUAACCUGACUGAGGUGCCUGGCACCAAAACCACAGCUCACCUGAAGCUGUCCCCAUAUGUACACUACAGGUUUAGAGUCAUGGCUCUUAAUGAUCUUGGUUAUAGCCAGCCAAGCCAACCUUCCCCCCCAUAUAAAACAAACCCUGCAGCUCCUGAUGAGAAUCCCAGUGAAGUCGAGGCCAUGGGCACAGCACAUGAUAAUUUAGUCAUAUCAUGGAAGCCACUGAUGGGACUUCAGUCAAAUGGUCCUGGCUUGAAGUACAUAGUCAUGUGGAGACAAAAGGACCUGGACAGCAAGUGGUCCUCUGUCACCGUGGCCAACGUAUCAAAGUUUGUGGUGUCUGGGACUCAAACUUUCAUGCCAUAUGAGGUGAAAGUUCAAGCAAUGAAUGAAUACGGCCAUGGACCAAAACCAGGAGUCGUCACUGGUUACUCAGGAGAGGAUUUUCCAGCAGCAGCUCCAAAAAAUGUGCGUGUUCAGGUGCAGAACAGCACUCUGGCAGAAGUGCACUGGGAUCCAGUGCCACCAGAAUCAGUACGUGGAAGACUGCAAGGCUAUAGGGUGUAUUAUUGGAAAGAAAGAAGCCUGCACAAGCACAAUACCCAUGUUCACACUCAUCACACAGAGCAGCAAACACUGACCUUCAGCGAGAACAGGAACCACUGCAAGCUUCCCGCUCUGCAGCCUUACAGCGUCUACACACUCCACAUUAAAGUUUUUAACGGUCGGGGAGAAGGGCCUGCCAGUGAGAACCAACAGUUCGAAACUCCAGAGGGAGUUCCUAGUAGACCAGCGUUCCUCAAGGUCAUUAACAGUAAUCUAGACUCCCUGACUCUGGAGUGGGGUCCGCCCCGUGAGAGAAAUGGACGUCUCCAAGGAUACACCCUUAAAUAUCAGUCAGUUAAUGACACCAAUGAGCUUGGCCAGUUGGAGGAAUUAAUUGUGCCUGCCAAUGAGACGAGCAUCACUCUGCACGAUCUUAAGUACAGCACACGCUACAAGUUUUAUUUCAGUGCCCAAACACGUACUGGAUCAGGUCCAAUCCUUACUGAGGAGUUUGCAACAUUAAUGGAUGCUGGGAUUCCAGCUUCUCCCCAACCAGUCUUCCCAACCUCCCAGUCUCUACACCCCCCUCUUCACAAGGCUCGUCCUGCGCCUCCAGUGUUUGGGAACGUUAGCUCAUCUGUGGGCGAGGAUGGAGCGCUAAUCAGUUGGGAGUACUGGGGACCAGAAAAACACGUUUAUGUUGAAUAUAUUGUAGUGAACAGCGAUGAAGACUGGCAAAAAGAGAUGGUAAAUGGAUCACAGUCCCAUGUGCUUAAGGGUUUAAAGGAAGGGCUGGCAUACAAAGUGCGUGUGGUUGCGCAAAGCCACACCGACCAAACAGUCCACCGUUCUGAGGAGCUGGUGGUUACGGUACCAGCUGUGGCCAGUAGGCAGGUGGAUAUCGCUACCCAGGGCUGGUUUAUUGGCCUCAUGUGUGCCAUUGCCCUGCUUAUCCUGGUCCUCCUUAUUGCCUGCUUUAUCAGGAGGAACAAAGGGGGCAAAUACCCAGUGAAAGAGAAGGAGGAUGCACACACUGACCCUGAGGUCCAGCCAAUGAAGGAUGAUGAUAUUAUUUUUGGAGAGUACAGUGACAAUGAGGACCAUAAACCGUUAAAAGGGAGCCGCACGCCGUCCAGUGGCACCGUAAAGCGAGACGAAAGUGACGACAGUUUAGUUGACUACGGGGAAGGUGGAGAUGUACAGUUCAACGAGGACGGCUCUUUUAUUGGCCAGUAUAGUGGAAAGACAGAAAGGGACACCGUGCAGGGUCACGAGAGCUCAGAGGCCCCCUCACCUGUAAAUGCUAUGAACUCUUUUGUUUAAACCCAGGGGAAAGUAGGACUUCCUGAAUGCAGAUUGUCGGCAUGAUUACAGCUCCAAUUAGUUGCCUGUUUACAUGAAAGUGAAGGAAUAAUUAGGGAGUUUAUUAAGUAUUUUUUUUUUUAUUAUUAAAAAAAAAGAGGAUUAAAUCAAUUUGUCUGGAGAGAUACAUGUCGAGCAGGGUGACUCUCACAGAAUCCACCUGGCAUGAUGAUUGGAACGUAGAUGUGGCAAUGUUACAACGUCAUCACUGUUGCAUUUCAUUAUUGAGACUGAUUUGGGUUACACAAGUGAAUUUCUUUUCUUUGUAGCUAACAUUAAGUGACCUUUCUGGUUACUUCUAAAACUCAGUAAGUCAGUGCUGCAUGCAUAAUAUGCUACUAUUACUCAUAACAUACGGUUGCAACUAAAGAGACCUACAGUAUAUGAAAGAAGUAGCUAAUUUAUGAGGAUAAUGUGGUGCUUCUUGGGUAUGCCUUGAUUAUGAUUUGAGUAUUAUAUGAGAAUUGUACAGACAUGAACCAGUGGAGACACUGGAUUUAAGGCACUGCUAUAAGAUUAUUUGAUCAAAUGUAUACUUAUUAUGAAUCCGUGUCUUUGUUUCGCAAGGCUGAAAGUGUGUGUAAAUAGAUGUAGAAAGAAAAAAAAGACUUUUAUCCUGUAUAAUAGAGGGAAUUUGUGCAGAAACCUGAUUUGAAAGAAUAGAACAGCUAUUUAAAAUAAAACACUGAUAUAUUC